AUGAACGCCGGGGCUACGAUAUGGCGUUGGUGGAACCAGUCGUCACCGUUGGCCAUCAGCAGCCCCCGGCCAAUAAAGUGUUUCGAACCUUGCUGCUGCAGCCACGACUUGCCAGAGGCGUGGGUGUACUUCGACGACAGCAGCUCCUUUAUCAUCUCCGUCUCCGUCAGACACAUCCUCGGCUCGCUCCCGUACCAGAAAAUAAACCUCUUCCCUGACCAACCAAAACCCCAUCUCUCGUUAAUUGUUGAUAAAGAAGAACAGGAAGGGCAAGGAGAUGAAGAUCAACACAUUUUUCUACCAUAUUGUUUGGACCAGAGAACGUAGUGGGGGAGAAGGCGGCCGACGAUGUCGUGAUCAACGGAGGUCAUGUUGCUGGAGGUCGUCUUGGAGAGGAGGGCGGCCACGUCGAGGAGGUUCCCGACGAGGAAGCGGGGCUCCGGGCCGCGGACUCCCUGGUUUGCCAUGACCCUCUUGAUCCUCCUUGGGGUGACGUAGUAGCAGGAAAUGGUUACCCAUGCCACCCUGAGGAAGAAGACGAGGAAGGUGGAGGUCGCGAGGAUAGUUACGAGACCCAUUUGACACUUGGAAAGGCCGAAGCACAGGAGCCUGUCUUCUGCUAACCUCGCCUCCUCCUCCCAUCUAUUUAUAGACCAAGGGAUGAGUCCCAUCUCCAACCCUAGGGAUAGAAACUCUUUUCAAUCUUUAAUUAAGAUUAAGUCUAACCUAAUCUUGCAGGCGAUACAAAAAUAUUAUAACCGUCUAAGCUGA